CGAAAUAAAUCGACCAAUCACGUAUCAGCCGCACCGUUACGUGUUCCUCGAAACGUCACUGUGCAGAGAGAGCGCGUUAGUAACGGAUCUAAGCGAGUUAUUGGAGCGCACGAAGAAAUUUCAGAUAAGCGAAUUCUUGAUUUUUAAAAGAACAAUCGACCAGCCACACCCCUCGGCCAUCUUGGCCGCAAGUGGAUAUUCAUUAAAGACGUUCGAUAUAAAGAAUUUUCAAUGAUGGAUCAGAUAACACCGAAGGAGGUGAAAAUUCUGGAAAAUCCAGAAGAUAUUCAAGAACGACGUGAACAAGUUCUUGGAAGAUAUGCUAAUUUCAAAGCUGAAGCUCGUAAUAAACGAGAUAAACUCGAGGACUCCCGUCGCUUUCAAUAUUUUAAGCGAGAUGCGGAUGAACUCGAGGGAUGGAUUUACGAAAAAUUACAAGCAGCAUCAGAUGAAAGCUACAAAGAUCCGACAAAUUUGCAAGCCAAAAUUCAGAAGCAUCAAGCAUUCGAAGCAGAAGUUGCUGCUCACUCCAAUGCCAUUGUAUUACUCGAUAAUACCGGUUCUGAGAUGAUAGCGCAACAUCACUUUGCUAGUGAUGUCAUUCGUAAAAGAUUAGAGGAACUUCAUAGCUUGUGGGAAUUAUUAUUGUCACGAUUGGCUGACAAAGGGCUGAAAUUACAGCAGGCUUUAGUUCUUGUACAAUUUAUACGACACUGUGAUGAAGUCAUGUUUUGGAUCCAUGAUAAAGAGGCAUUUGUGACUACUGAUGAAUUUGGUCAUGAUCUAGAACAUGUUGAAGUAUUGCAAAGGAAAUUUGAUGAAUUUCAGAAAGAUAUGGCAAGUCAAGAGUACAGAGUAACAGAAGUCAAUGAAAUCGCAGACAAACUUCUUUUAGACGGUCAUCCAGAACGUGAUACCAUUUUACGUAGAAAAGAGGAAUUAAAUGAAUCAUGGCAAAGAUUGAAACAACUUGCUAUCCUUAGACAAGAGAAAUUAUUUGGAGCACAUGAGAUUCAAAGAUUUAAUCGAGAUGCCGAUGAGACAAUGGCUUGGAUUGCCGAAAAAGAUGUUGUAUUAUCUUCUGAUGACUUUGGACGUGAUCUUGCCAGUGUGCAAACACUUCAGCGCAAACAUGAGGGUAUAGAACGUGAUCUUGCAGCUUUAGAAGAUAAGGUGUAUACAUUAGGAGCAGAAGCAGAUCGUCUGGCAGCUAUUCACCAAGCAGACCAUUCAAAACAAAUACAAGCUAAACGAGCAGAAAUCCUUCAAUCUUGGGAAAGUCUAACGGCAAAAGCCAAAGAAAGACGUUUGAAACUCGACGAAUCGUAUUAUUUACAUCGUUUUUUGGCUGAUUAUAGAGAUUUAGUUUCUUGGAUGAAUGAUAUGCGUGCAAUUAUUUCUGCGGAUGAACUUGCUAAAGAUGUGGCUGGGGCUGAAGCCCUUUUAGAGAGACAUCAAGAACACAAAGGAGAAAUAGAUGCCAGAGCAGAUAGUUUCGAUUCUACAAUUAUGGCUGGCAAUAAACUUUUGGAGAAAAAACAUUAUGCAGCUGAAGAAGUAGCUCGUAAAUUAGAGUCUCUUGCAGAAGAUAAAGCGUCUCUUCUUAGUUUAUGGGAGAAACGACGUAUUUUAUACGAACAGUGUAUGGAUUUACAACUAUUUUAUAGAGAUACAGAACAGGCUGAUGCUUGGAUGGCAAAGCAAGAAGCAUUUUUAGCUAACGAAGACUUGGGCGAUUCUCUUGAUAGUGUAGAGGCUCUUAUAAAGAAACACGAAGAUUUUGACAAGUCAUUGGCAGCUCAAGAAGAAAAGAUCAAAGUAUUAGAUGAGUUUGCUGGGAAGUUGAUAGAGGGAGAACAUUAUGCUGCAGACGAUGUUGCUCAACGACGACAAAUGUUAUUAGAAAGAAGAGCUAUACUUCUUGACAAAUCUGCGCAACGAAGACAUCGUUUAGAAGAUGCAUACAAAUUACAACAAUUCGAACGUGAUUGCGAUGAAACCAAAGGUUGGAUUAAUGAGAAACUUAAAUUUGCUACCGAUGAUAGCUAUUUGGAUCCAACUAAUCUUAAUGGAAAAGUUCAAAAGCAUCAGAAUUUCGAACAAGAAUUGAAUGCUAAUAAAACUCGUAUGGAAGAGUUGGUAGCAACAGGACAAGAAUUGAUAGAUAACAAUCAUUAUGCCAGUGAUCGUAUACGUACUCGUACAGAAGAAAUUGUAUCGCUAUGGGAAAGUUUAGCACAUGCUACAGAGAAAAAAGGUGCAAAAUUACAAGAAGCGUCUCAACAACAACAAUUUAAUCGUACGGUCGAAGACAUUGAAUUAUGGCUUUCGGAGGUUGAAGGACAGCUUAUGUCAGAAGAUUAUGGAAAGGAUUUGACCAGCGUUCAAAACUUACAAAAGAAACAUGCCCUUUUGGAAGCUGAUGUAACAUCUCACGCGGAUAGAAUUGAAAGUAUAGCUCAAGCCGCGGAACAAUUUGUUAAGCAAGGACACUUUGAUGCUGAUAACAUAAAAUCCAAAGAAGACCAAUUACAAGCACGUUAUUCAGCUUUGCAACGACCCAUGAGCGUUCGAAAACAACGACUUUUGGAUUCUUUACAAGUUCAACAAUUGUUUAGAGAUAUCGAAGACGAGGAAGCUUGGAUUCGUGAAAAAGAGCCAGUCGCUGCAUCUACUAAUCGUGGACGUGAUCUUAUCGGAGUUCAGAAUUUACAAAAGAAACAUCAAGCUGUUCUAGCAGAAAUCAAUAAUCACGAACCACGAGUAGCUGCUGUAUGUCAAGCAGGUUCAACCAUGUUGCAAGAUGGUCAUUUCGCAUCUGGAGAGAUUAGUCAACGUCUUGCUGCUUUGGAUGAACACUGGGGACAAUUGAAAGAAAAGGCACGACAACGUAAAAAUGAUCUUGAUGAUUCGCUUCAGGCACAUCAGUAUUUUGCUGAUGCUAAUGAAGCUGAAUCCUGGAUGAAAGAGAAAAGACCGAUCGUUAUGAAUGCCGAUUACGGUAAAGAUGAAGACAGUUCCGAGGCCUUGUUAAAGAAACACGAAGCUCUUGUUAGCGAUCUAGAAGCAUUUGCCAGUACUAUAACAGCAUUACGUGAGCAAGCAGCUUCCUGUCGUCAACAAGAAACUCCUACCAUUGAUAUAACGGGUAAAGAAUGUGUCGUUGCAUUAUACGAUUACGCUGAAAAAUCACCGAGAGAAGUAUCCAUGAAAAAAGGUGAUACUUUGACUCUUCUCAAUUCCAAUAAUAAAGAUUGGUGGAAAGUAGAGGUCAAUGAUCGCCAAGGCUUUGUACCAGCCGCAUAUGUCAAACGUGUCGAACCUGAGGCAGGCUUGAGUGCUUCGCAACAGAAUUUAGCAAGAGAGCAAAGUUCAAUUGCAGCUAGGCAAGCACAGAUUGAAGCACAAUACGAUGACCUUUUGAGAUUGGCUCGAGAACGUCAGGUUAAAUUGAACGAAACUGCGAAGGCUUAUGUUCUCGUCAGAGAGGCCGCUGAAUUAGAAACAUGGAUAAAGGACAAAGAAAAUCAUGCACAAGUACAAGACGUCGGUGAAGAUUUGGAACAAGUAGAAGUGAUGCAAAAGAAAUUCGAUGAUUUCCAGGCUGAUCUAAAAGCUAACGAGGUACGUCUCGCAGAAAUGAACGAGAUUGCUGUACAAUUGAUGAGUCUCGGACAGACGGAAGCUGCAUUAAAGAUUCAGACACAAAUACAAGAUUUGAAUGAAAAAUGGAAGAGCCUGCAAACACUUACAGCUGAACGAGCGAGCCAAUUGGGUUCUGCUCACGAAGUUCAACGUUUCCAUCGUGACGUUGACGAAACGAAAGAUUGGAUUCGUGAGAAAGACGCGGCCUUAAAUAACGAUGAUCUUGGUAAAGAUUUACGUAGCGUUCAAGCGUUGCAACGUAAACACGAAGGAUUGGAGAGAGAUUUAGCAGCCCUUGGAGAUAAAAUUAAACAGUUGGAUGAAACAGCGAAUCGUUUGAUGCAAUCUCAUCCGGAAACAGCUGAACAAACUUAUGCUAAACAAAAAGAGAUCAAUGAAGAAUGGACUCAACUCACAGCGAAAGCUAAUAGUAGAAAAGAAAAAUUAUUGGACUCUUACGAUUUACAACGAUUCCUUAGCGAUUAUCGUGAUUUGAUGGCAUGGAUAAACUCAAUGAUGGGUCUUGUUGCUUCUGAGGAGCUUGCUUCGGAUGUUACGGGGGCUGAGGCAUUGCUCGAACGUCAUCAGGAACACCGAAUGGAAAUCGAUGCCAGAGCUGGAACAUUCCAGGCAUUUGAAUUAUUUGGCCAACAAUUGUUGCAAUCAAGUCAUUAUGCCAGUGUAGAAAUCCAGGAAAAACUCGAAUCAAUGGCCGAAGCUCGACAGGAAUUAGAAAAAGCUUGGAUCCAACGACGCAUGCAAUUGGAUCAAAACUUAGAGCUACAAUUAUUCUGCAGAGACUGUGAACAAGCGGAGAAUUGGAUGAGCGCACGAGAAGCUUUCUUGAGCAGUGCAGACACCGUUGAUAGUAACGAUAAUGUUGAGGCAUUGAUAAAGAAACACGAAGAUUUCGAUAAAGCUAUAAAUGCGCACGAAGAGAAAAUUGCAACUUUACAAACUUUGGCUGAUCAAUUAAUUGCAGCUGAACAUUAUGCAGCCAAGCCGAUAGACGAGAAACGUUGUCAAGUAUUGGAUCGUUGGAGACAUUUGAAGGACGCUCUUAUAGAGAAACGAUCGAAAUUAGGAGAAUCCCAGACUCUUCAACAAUUCUCUAGAGAUGCUGAUGAAAUUGAAAAUUGGAUAGCUGAAAAAUUGCAAUUAGCUACGGAAGAAAAUUACAAAGAUCCUGCUAAUAUACAAUCGAAACAUCAGAAACAUCAGGCGUUCGAAGCGGAGCUUGCAGCUAAUGCAGAUAGAAUUCAAUCGGUUCUAGCAAUGGGAGGAAAUUUGAUAGAGAAACAUCAAUGCGCGGGUUCUGAAGAUGCAGUUCAAAAGAGAUUAGCAUCUAUUGCUGACCAAUGGGAAUAUCUUACUCAAAAGACUACAGAGAAAUCUAUGAAAUUGAAAGAGGCCAAUAAACAACGUACAUACAUUGCGGCUGUAAAGGAUUUAGACUUUUGGCUUGGUGAGGUUGAAAGUUUAUUAACUUCUGAAGAUGCGGGCAAAGAUUUAGCAUCCGUGCAAAAUUUGAUGAAGAAACAUCAAUUGGUCGAGGCGGAUAUUCAAGCUCACGAAGAAAGAAUCAAAGAUAUGAAUGCACAAGCAGAUUCUCUCAUUGAAAGUGGACAAUUUGAUGCAACUGGUAUUCAAGAGAAGAGACAGAGCAUAAACGAACGAUACGAACGUAUUAGAAAUCUUGCUGCACAUAGACAAGCAAGACUCAACGAGGCUAACACAUUACAUCAAUUCUUCCGUGAUAUCGCCGAUGAAGAAUCUUGGAUCAAGGAAAAGAAAUUAUUGGUUGGAUCUGACGAUUAUGGUCGUGAUCUAACAGGCGUACAAAAUCUUAAAAAGAAGCAUAAGAGAUUAGAAGCUGAACUUGGUAGUCAUGAACCUGCCAUUCAAGCGGUUCAAGAAGCAGGAGAAAAAUUGAUGGAUGUUUCUAACUUGGGUGCACAUGAGAUUGAACAACGUUUGAAGCUUCUCAAUCAAGCUUGGUCCGAACUCAAACAAUUGGCUGCUAACAGAGGUCAAAAAUUGGACGAAUCCUUGACGUAUCAACAGUUCUUAGCGAAGGUCGAAGAAGAAGAAGCGUGGAUCACUGAGAAGCAGCAAUUGCUUUCAGUUGAAGAUUAUGGUGAUACAAUGGCUGCUGUUCAAGGUUUGUUAAAGAAACAUGAUGCUUUUGAAACCGAUUUUGCCGCUCAUGGAGAACGUUGCAAAGACAUCUGCGAAGCUGGGGAAGCAUUGAUCAAAGCUGGCAAUCAUCGAGCUGAUGCUAUUGGACAAAGAUGUACGCAAUUGCGUAACAAAUUGGAACAACUUGGUGCGCUUGCAGCAAGAAGAAAAACUCGUCUCAACGAUAAUUCGGCGUAUUUGCAGUUUAUGUGGAAAGCCGAUGUUGUUGAAUCAUGGAUCGCUGACAAAGAAACCCAUGUACGUUCGGAAGAAUUUGGACGUGAUUUAUCUACCGUUCAAACACUAUUAACCAAGCAGGAAACUUUCGAUGCUGGCUUACACGCGUUCGAACACGAGGGUAUACAAAAUAUUACUUCUUUGAAAGAAAUGCUCGUUGACGCUGGACAUGAUCAAACUCCGAGCAUUCAGAAACGUCAUGCUGAUGUGAUAACUCGUUGGCAGAAACUCUUGGCAGAUUCUGAUGCACGUAAACAACGAUUGUUAAGAAUGCAGGAUCAGUUUAGACAGAUAGAAGAACUUUAUCUUACGUUUGCCAAGAAAGCUUCCGCUUUCAAUUCGUGGUUCGAAAAUGCAGAGGAAGAUUUAACUGAUCCAGUUAGAUGUAACAGCAUCGAAGAGAUUCGUGCACUACGGGAAGCUCAUGCUCAAUUCCAAGCAAGCUUGUCCUCCGCUGAAGCAGAUUUCCAAGCGCUUGCUGCUCUCGAUAGACAAAUAAAGAGCUUCAAUGUUGGCCCAAAUCCAUAUACAUGGUUCACGAUGGAAGCACUGGAAGAUACCUGGCGUAAUUUGCAAAAGAUUAUCAAGGAACGUGACGUAGAGCUGGCAAAGGAAGCUCAACGACAAGAAGAAAAUGAUAAAUUACGAAAAGAAUUCGCUAAACAUGCUAACGCGUUCCAUCAAUGGUUGGCAGAAACAAGAACAUCUAUGAUGGAAGGUUCUGGUUCUUUGGAACAACAAUUGGAAGCAACAAAGAGAAAAACUCAGGAAGUUCGAGCACGUCGUCAAGAUUUGAAGAAAAUCGAAGAUCUUGGUGCAAUAUUGGAAGAGCAUUUAAUCCUUGAUAAUCGUUAUACAGAACAUAGUACAGUUGGUUUGGCACAACAAUGGGAUCAAUUGGAUCAACUUGGAAUGCGUAUGCAACAUAAUCUCGAACAACAAAUUCAAGCAAGAAAUCAAUCUGGUGUUUCUGAAGAUGCCCUUAAAGAAUUCUCAAUGAUGUUCAAACACUUUGAUAAGGAUAAGAGUGGACGAUUAAAUCAUCAAGAAUUCAAAUCAUGUUUGAGAGCACUUGGAUAUGAUUUACCAAUGGUCGAAGAGGGUCAGCCUGAUCCAGAAUUUGAAAACAUACUUGAUAUUGUCGAUCCAAACAGAGAUGGUUACGUAUCGUUACAAGAAUACAUGGCGUUUAUGAUAAGCAAAGAAACAGAAAAUGUCCAAAGUUCGGAGGAAAUAGAAAAUGCUUUCCGUGCCAUUACAGCGGCAGAUCGGCCAUAUGUAACGAAGGAAGAAUUAUAUGCUAAUCUUACGAAAGAAAUGGCUGACUACUGCGUGGCACGUAUGAAACCAUACGUUGAUCCAAAAACGGAAAGACCAAUUACGGGAGCAUUGGAUUAUAUAGAAUUUACUCGUACUCUUUUCCAAAACUAAUAAUUUACAUAUAAUAUAUAUCUAUAUCUAUACAUAUAUAUAUUUAUAUAUAAAAUAUAAUUUUUUGCCCUGUUACUCUUUACAAUACAGUUUUCAAUGAUAGCUUUAGAGGAAUUACACAAUCCUCAUUUUUAUAUGCGUACUUCAUUACUAUAAUUCUCUUUUAUCCACUUUUUUAUUCUCCGUGUUUAACGUUAUUACAUAUCUUAUUAUCACACUUGCUUCCAGCAAAUGCAAAGUGCAGCUUCGGGCGUUUCAUGAGAUAUGUAAUUUAUGAAUAUUGAAAUCGUGACACAUAUGGUUAAUAUAAAACAUUAAAUAAAAUUAUUUAGCUAAUUUAUAUAUAAUAUUUACAAAAGUAGAAAGGGUAAUACACAACAUAGCUGUAAAUAGAUUAUAUGGAAAUAAAUAAUAUUUGGUCGCACUUAA